AUGGCCGGGGCUUGGCUGCUGCUUCUCUUGGCCCUCGGGUGUCCAGCCCUGCCCGCAGAGGCAACCUCUCUCCUGAGGCUGGCACAACCAGGUGUGGGCGGCACCCCCUUCCCCUCGCUGGCCCCACCCAUCACGAUGCAGGUGGGUGGGAAGCAGCAGGUGCUGGUGGUCUGCCUGGUCCUCGAUGCGGCCCCCCCUGGCCUUGAGAGCCCCAUCUGGUUCUCCGCUGGCAACGGCAGCGCCCUGGACGCCUUCACCUACGGCCCUUCCCCAGCUGCAGACGGCACCUGGACUAGCGUGGCCCAGCUCUCCCUGCCCUCGGAGGAGCUGGCAUCCUGGGAAACCUUGGUCUGUCACACCGGGCCUGGGGCUGGGGAUCAUAGCCAGAGCACACAGCCCCUACAGCUGUCAGGAGAGACUUCCUCAGCGAGGACCUGCCUCUGGGAACCUCUUGGGGGGACGCCGGGCCGCGCGCUGCGGCUGGGGGCGCUGCGGCUGCUGCUCCUCAAGCUGCUGCUGUUUGACCUGCUCCUGACCUGCAGCCGCCUGCGCGCCCCGCCCGCCGAGGCCCGCCCGCUGGACCCCCCGCUCCCCGCGCCGGCCGCCCGCCCGCAGCCUGGGCGGGAGCCGGCGAGCCUCCGGUAG